UUGUACAGUUUGACAGGCAAGCAUAACCUCACUUUAACCUCAUAACACUUGAAAUGUCAUAGAGGUUGUAAAUACAUUUAAAAAUAAUUUUUGCAGCGCAAAUUGUUAUUGAGAAACAAUAAAUAUGUGAAAAACAACAGUGGAGCUCCAAUGGCUUUAUCUUCAGUUAUGACCAGAAUUCGGUUACCCCUAAGUCCUCCAAUUGUCAGGGUGGCUAUUAGAUAUUUUUGUCAACAUGAAGAAGCACAUAAAUCCGUAUCCAUUGAAGUAGAUGCCUUGGACGAUUUUACGUCACAGCUAAUACAAAAGAAAACAGACAAAUGGGAGAUGCGAAAGCUUAGAGCACAGAAACUUGUGGAUGACAAUGUGUGUAAUCAUAAGGGCUGCAACACAGAAGUGAUAGAUAUAAAGGAAAUAGGGGACAACCACUUGAAUACACUCUUUCAAACUGCAAUUGACUAUCAAAAUGAUUCUGAGUUAGUAAAAUUAAUGAACCAGUGUAUAGAAUAUAAAAAGUGUCCCUCACUAUCUAUUCUUCUACAUGUUCUGUCAAUUUACUCUAGAAAAGGUGAUAAAGAUACUGUAGUAAAAAUUAAAGGACUGUGUGAAAAUACUGAUCCAAAAAUUUUACAAGACUACUCUAAUUUUGAUCAUUUCUUUGCUGAGGCUGUAUGGGUUAAAGGAAACAUUGUAGAUUCCUUAAAAAUAUUUGAAAUUGUCUACAAGGAAAACGCAAUUUUAAGGAGAAGAAUUAGGAUAAUGUUGAAACAUUUAAUAGCACAUAUGGUUACAAAUAGAAGUGAAGCAGCUCUAGUAAAUAUAAUAAAAUUUUCUGAGAGUUUGGUAAACAAUUUUCAAGAUUAUUACCCAUUAAUUUGUACUUGGGAAGCAUGUUUCUUAAGUGAAUGGUUUACUGAUCAAUGCAUUGCCUUUGAUCUUUUAGAAAAAUAUAAUAACUUAGCUAAAUUAAUAGUUCACAGAAUACCUUACGUCGUCACAGUUUCACUUCGUAGCUAUAGAACAGAUGUUGUUUACAGAUUAUUAGAAGUUUUACUGAAAUAUCAAAUGAAACCACAAUAUUCUAGGGUAUUGAUUUCAUUAUUUGAACACCAGUUACAAGUUGGAGACUUAAGAAGUUGUUUAGAGAUUAUUAAAUGGUCUAUGAAGGAGGGAAUAGAGCUGCCAAGUAUUCACCAUGAAAAAUUAAUUAAUAUAUUGAUUAAGAAUAAUGUAAAAUUACCUGAAAGACCUAAACCAGUUUCUAAAAAAAUUCAACCUGUACUGAAAUUUUGAUUUUUUAAACGAAAAAAUAUAGAGUAUCAUAUAUCA